AUGGUCCAAAUGUACACGAUUGCCGGCCGCCAAAUUGGCUCUCACUAUCUUGCUAUCGCCGUUCUCGGUACGAUUGGUGGACUGACCAUGAUGGCAACUGGCGGAUCGGCUGCGAAGAAAACCCAAGGACCACCUAUCAAUGCGUCCGGUCCCGAUGAGGAGAAGUUCAUCAAGGAAUUCCUGGCUCAGGCCGAGUCGGGCGGAAAGCCAGCCACCGCGGAUGCGGCGAAAAAGUGA